AUGGCAGGAGCGGAGGCACCAAGAAGAGCCCGGAAAAGAACAGAAGGUGGAGCCAUCUCCAACGUCUUCUCCAUGUUUGAUCAGUCUCAGAUCCAGGAGUUUAAAGAGGCCUUCACCAUCAUGGACCAGAACCGGGAUGGCUUCAUCGACAAGGAGGAUCUGAGGGACACUUUUGCUGCCCUGGGCCGCAUCAAUGUGAAGAAUGAGGAGCUGGAGGCCAUGGUGAAAGAGGCCCCCGGGCCCAUCAACUUCACCGUCUUCCUGACCAUGUUUGGGGAGAAGCUGAAGGGCACGGAUCCAGAGGAGACCAUUCUCCAUGCCUUCAGGGUGUUCGACACUGAAGGGAAAGGUUUCAUCAAGGCUGAUUUCAUCAAAGAGAAGCUCAUGACCCAGGCAGACAGAUUCAGUGAGGAGGAGAUCAAGCAGAUGUUUGCGGCUUUCCCGCCAGAUGUAUGUGGCAACCUGGACUACAGAAACCUGUGCUACAUCAUCACGCAUGGUGAAGAGAAGGACUAG